AUGACAUCAACAAUAGUCGGAAUAGACCAUCUGCUUCUUGGUACGCAAGAGAUCCUCCUCGCGAUUCCACACCUCAUACGUCCAAUUCUUCUUACAUUUGCUCUGUUCUUUGCUGUGUGUGUAUUUAUGUGCGCAGUUGCAUAUGCUUUUAUCGCCGUGAAAUCAAGUCUAUAUACGAUUGUCAAGGAUUCGGAUGAUACCUGCUCGAAAUGGAUGAAGAAGAUUGUCGCUAGUGAUGGAUUUAUUGAGAUAGGGGUACUGGGAUAUGUGUUUGUGGUUGCAUUUGGGGUAGGGAGGGGAUUGGAUCUGGUGCUUGGAGUUUGUUGGUGA